CAGAGGGAGGAAGUUCAAGUUGCCAAAAUAAACAAACAUAUUUUUUGUAAUCACGGAAAAUGCUGACGGACACCGACGAUGACUUCUUCUUUGAGGAGGAUAAGAUGCCACAACCGCUGCUCAUCCAGUUGGAUGAAGACAAGGAUCUUCCAGUGGAGCCGGAAAAACCAUCCGCUGCUCCACCCGAGACCACCGUUAUGCUCUGUUCUCCGGCGGGCUUUUCCAUCGAGUCAGCCAAUAGGCAGAAAUAUGAGUUAGAUCGUUUGGGCAUGACAGUCACUACCAAUGCUGUUGUUAUUACCAAGGAUCAGAGCAACCUAAUUGGAAUAAGCAUCGGAGGUGGAGCACCCAUGUGUCCCUGUCUUUAUAUUGUGCAGAUCUUCGAUGGCACUCCCGCCGCAAGGGAGGGAUCCCUGCAAUCCGGGGACGAACUGCUGGCGGUGAACUCGGUGAGCGUGAAGGGCAAGACGAAGGUGGAGGUGGCCAAGAUGAUCCAGACGGCCACCGACGAGGUGGUCGUCCACUACAACAAGCUGCACGCCGAUCCCGAACAGGGCAAGACACUGGACAUCAUUCUGAAGAAGCUGAAGCAUCGGAUAGUGGACAACUUGUCGAGCAACACGGCCGACACUUUGGGACUCUCCCGGGCGAUACUCUGCAAUGAUUCGCUGGUGAAGCGACUGGAGGAGCUGGAGGGCACUGAAUUGAUGUACAAGGGUCUGGUGGAGCAUGCCCGCCGCAUGCUCAAGGCCUACUACGAUCUGCUGCAGACGUACAAGUCCUUUGGCGAUUGCUUCACCCAAAUUUCGGUCCAUGAACCGCAGCAGCGAGCCUCGGAGGCUUUCCGCACCUUCGGCGAGUUUCAUCGCACCCUGGAAAAGGAUGGCUUGGGCAUCAUCAAGCAGAUAAAGCCAGUGCUGGCCGAUCUGGGUACGUAUCUGAACAAAGCUAUUCCGGACACAAAGCUCACGGUACGUCGAUAUGCGGAUGCCAAGUUCACGUAUCUCUCGUAUUGCCUGAAAGUCAAGGAGAUGGACGAUGAGGAGCAUGGCUUUGCUGCCCUCCAGGAGCCAUUCUAUCGGGUGGAGACGGGGAACUAUGAGUACAGAUUGAUCCUGCGGUGUCGCCAGGAUGCACGCAGCAAGUUCGCCAAACUGCGCACGGAUGUGCUCGAAAAGAUGGAGCUGCUGGAGUGCAAACAUGCCAUGGAUCUGAACAAGCAGCUGAGAAGCCUGCUGGAGAGUUUGGCGGAACUCCACCGGAGUCUGGUGGAGCGACUGGACUCCCUGCCGCCGCUCUUUCCCAUCGAGGUGGACUUCAAGGAGACGGAUUUCCAGUACAAGUCGAGCACACUGAAGCCACAAGAGUUGGACGAUGACGAAAUCGAGGCCAACAAUCACUCCAGUUCCACUCCACGCCAAGUGGAUUGCGGUUUCGAGGCCGUGGAGCAGCCGGCGGCCAUCAUCAGUGUGGAGGUCAAGGCAUCCGUAGAGUCGUCCGCUUCCCCGUCCACCAAUGAGAACGAAUCGCUGCUCAAGGAACUGGGUCUCUACGAUGUGGACCUGCUGUCCAAUCCGCAGACCAUCAGCAAUCAAAAGGACUCCAUAGCGGCCCAGAACGAUGGCUAUGACUUCGAUCUCUUCCUCAACCAGGCGACUGCUGCCACCACCAGUUUGGAGAGGGAUCUGAUGUCCUCCAACGCGGAGGAGAUGGAUCUACUCUUGCAAUAG